ACGGGCUCGCCGCGCCCGGGCCGCUCACCCCGCCCCCGUUUCAGCCCCUGCGAAGGAAGCCCGUUGAGGAAAAUUCUCCAUGAAUGUACGUCACAAUGAUGAUGACCGACCAAAUCCCGCUGGAGCUGCCACCGUUGCUGAAUGGGGAGGUAGCCAUGAUGCCUCACAUAGUGAAUGGAGACGGAUCACAGCAGGUCAUUUUGGUUCAAGUUAAUCCAGGUGAAACCUUUACAAUAAGGGCUGAGGAUGGAACACUUCAGUGCAUUCAAGGACCGGCAGAGGUUCCCAUGAUGUCACCCAAUGGAUCCAUUCCCCCUAUACAUGUGCCUCCAGGUUAUAUCUCACAGGUGAUAGAAGACAACACGGGCGUUCGCAGGGUGGUGGUUACACCCCAGUCUCCAGAGUGUUAUCCUCCCAGCUAUCCUUCUGCCAUCUCUCCAACCCACCAUUUACCUCCGUACCUGACACACCACCCCCAUUUCAUUCACAAUUCUCAUACGGCUUUCUACCCUCCUGUCACCGGACAUGGAGACAUGCCACCCCAAUUUUUCCAACAGCAUCAUCUUCCCCCUACAAUAUAUGGAGAACAAGAAAUUAUACCACUAUAUGGAAUGUCCAGCUACAUUACCAGGGAAGAUCAGUACAGCAAACCACAGCACAAAAAACUCAAAGACAGACAGAUUGAUCGCCAGAACCGCCUCAACAGCCCUCCUUCAUCCAUCUAUAAAAGCCACCUUGGCACCUGCACAACUGUGUACAAUGGUUAUACGAAGAGUCACAAUGGAGCAAGCAGUGGAGGAGGAGGUGCGGGGGGAGCACCAGGAGUAAAAAAACUAGAACGCAGAGCAAGAAGCAGCCCAAAGUCUAACGAGCAAGACCCACAUGAAUAUGACUCAGAAACCAAGAGAGUUCAAGACAUUCUUUCUGGAAUAGAGAAACCACAGGUUUCAAAUAUUCAAGCAAGAACAGUUUUACUUACAUGGUGUCCUCCAACUGGCCUUUUAAGUGUGGAUAGACACAAUAAUGGCUUGCCUUACACUUGUACUUAUGAGGUUGCCUUAUCAGACAAAGGGAGGGAUGGAAAGUACAAGAUAAUUUACAGUGGAGAAGAAUUAGAAUAUAACCUGAAAGACCUUAGGCCAGCAACAGAUUAUCAUGUCAGGGUCUAUGCAGUGUACAAUUCAGUAAAGGGAUCCUGUUCAGAGCCAAUUAGCUUCACCACUCACAGCUGUGCUCCAGAAUGUCCUUUUCCACCCAAAUCCUCACACAGGACCAAAAGUUCACUAACCUUACAAUGGAAGGCACCCAUUGACAACGGUUCAAAAAUCACCAGCUACCUGUUAGAGUGGGAUGAGGGAAAAAGAAACAAUGGUUUCAGAGAAUGUUACUUCGGGAGCCAAAAGCAUUGCAAAUUGACUAAGCUUUGUCCAGCUGUGGGCUACACCUUCAGAUUAGCAGCUCAGAAUGACAUAGGCACUAGCGGGUACAGCCAGGAAGUGGUGUGCUACACAUCGGGUAAUAUUCCUCAGACCCCUUCUGCACCAAGAUUGGUUCGAGCAGGCGUCACGUGGAUCACAUUGCAGUGGAAUAAGGCAGAAGGAUGUACACCAGAAGAAGUGAUUUCUUACACCCUGGAAAUUCAGGAGGAAGAUAAUGAUAGCGUGUUUCACCCAAAGUACACUGGAGAAGAGCUAACCUGUACUGUGAAAAAUCUCAGAAGAAGCACACAAUACAAAUUUAGGCUGAUUGCUUCUAAUGUGGAAGGAAAGAGUUGUCCAAGUGAAAUUUUGGUCUGCACAACAAGCCCAGACAGGCCAGGACCUCCUACCAGACCUGUUAUUAAAGGGUCAAUAACAUCUCAUGGCUUUGGCGUUAAAUGGGAUACUCCACAAGAUAAUGGCGGUUCAGAAAUCCUAAAAUACCUAUUGGAGAUUUCUGAAGGAAAUUCUGAAGCAAAUCAGUGGGAAGUGGCAUAUAGUGGAUCUGCUACAGAAUAUACCUGUACUCACUUGAAACCAGGCACUUUGUAUAAACUCCGGGCAUGCUGUAUCAGCACUGGUGGACACAGUCAGUGUUCUGAAAGUUUACCCGUCCGUACGCUUAGUGUUGCACCGGGUCACUGUCGGCCACCAAGAAUGUUGGGAAAACCAAAACACAAAGAAGUUCAGCUACAGUGGGAUGUCCCUAUGUCAGAAAGUGGUUGUCAAGUCUCAGAGUACAGUGUGGAAAUGACAGAACCAGCAGAGGUUAUUUCUGAGGUGUAUCAUGGCCCUGAUCUAGAGUGCACGGUCAGCAACCUUCUUCCUGGAACAACAUAUCGGUUCAGAGUGAGAGCUUUGAAUGACGGAGGGUAUGGGCCAUAUUCUGAAGCUACAGAAGUCACCACGGCAGCAGGACCACCCGGCCAGUGCCAAGCACCUUUCCUUUCCUUUGUGUCUGACACAUGUGUACUUGUAAGCUGGGAGAGUCCUGAAUGCUCUGGUGCUGACAUCUCUGAAUACAGAUUAGAGUGGGGAGAAGAUGAGGAAUCUCUGGAACUCGUGUAUAAUGGCACAGAUACCUGUUUUGAAAUUAGUGAAUUGUCAGCAGCAGCACAUUACUGCUGUAGAUUACAGGCUAUAAACCAGGCAGGAGCUGGACCCUACAGCGAUCUAGUAACCUGCAGGACUCCAGCAUCAGUACCUGAUGCAGUGUGUACCCUCUCUGUAUUGGAGGAUGAGCAUAUGGAUGCCUAUCAGAUAUCACCCUCUGUGUGCCUUGUUUUAAACUGGGAAGAACCGUGCAAUAAUGGGUCUGAGAUUACUUCUUACAACAUUGACCUUGGCGACAUUAGCAUUCCAGUUAGUAACGUUACAAGUUAUGUUAUUGAUGAUCUGCUUCCAGAAACCUCAUACCGGAUCAGGAUCCAGGCUGUCAAUGAAAUUGGAGCUGGACCAUUUAGCCACUUCAUUACGGCAAAAACCAGGCCCUUACCACCCUUACCUCCUCGGUUAGAGUGUGCUGCAGCAGGCCCUCAGAGCCUAAAGUUGAAAUGGGGAGACAGCAGCUCCAAACUGCAUGCUAUCGAUGACAUGGUAUAUAUCUUGCAGCUAGAGGACAAAAACAAAAGGUUUAUUCCGAUUUACAGGGGACCAAGUCACACCUACAAGGUACAAAGGCUGACAGAAUCUACUUGCUACACAUUUAGAAUACAGGCAGUAAAUGAUGCUGGGGAAGGGCCGUUCUCAGAAAUAUGUACCUUCUGCACAACCAAAUCUGUCCCACCUGCCAUCAAAGCUCCUCGAGUGACACAGUUGGAUGGAAAUGCCUGUGAAAUCACAUGGGAAAUGGUCCCACCCAUGAAAGGAGACCCUAUCAGUUAUGUGGUGCAGGUAGUGGUUGGAAGAGAAUCUGAAUAUAAACAGGUAUACAAGGGAGAUGAGACAACAUUCCAAAUCUCAGGCCUUCAGACCAACACAGACUACCGAUUUCGUGUCUGCGUAUGUCGCCGAUGCUUGGAUACCUCACAGGAACUUAGUGGACCUUUCAGCCCAUCUGUUGCCUUUAUGCUCCAACGAAGGGAGAUCAUGCUUACAGGGGAAUUGGGACGCAUAGAUGAUCCUAAGAUAAAGAGCAUGAUGCCUACUGAUGAACAGUUUGCAGCCCUCAUUGUUAUUGGCUUUGCAACUUUGUCAAUUUUAUUUGCCUUUAUAUUACAAUACUUCUUUAUGAAGUAG